AUGACUUCGUUGAGACGCUUUAUACUAGGAUUUCAAGAAUUUCUUACAACUCCUACCCGUUUAUGGAGAAUGCACUAUCAUUUAACACACUUCACAUCUAAUCAAGUACAUAAUACGAAAAUUCAUGAACAUCAACGUGAACGACAAAAGCGCUUACAAAUUCGGAUUCCGAGUGCAGACAGAUUAACAACUAUUGUAUCUCAAGCUGACCAACCAGACUCAAACGUUAACAAAUCAUCUGAAUCUAGUACUGAUUCAUGUGCUUCACGUCCUAAUUUACUAUUGUCAUCAUCAUUAUCAUCAUCAACAUCAACACUAGCGCCUCACAAUAAACGUUCUACAUCAUCAGAUUCACAAGGUUUAUUAGAACCGUUAGCGAGAAUGUGGCUGAUAAAUGUGGGAUUAAUUUUGGUUUUAACUGUACUGUCAUAUUUAUUUUCAUUGAUUCCACUAAGUUCGACUCUCGCAUCACAUUUUGAGUCCUCCCGACUGUUUCAGUUCAUUCACCGACUAUUCUCUUGUAGUGUACAUAUAGCCUUACUUCUAUUUAUGGAGUUGGUAAAUCUUUUGUACUUAAAGAAAAUAUGCGAUCGUAUAACCUUGUUGUCUAUGUGUAAAGAAUAUCGUUAUAUUCAACGCACUGGAUCCCGUGGUAAUAUGCUUCUUUCAGGCAUUGCAAGUUUUUCUGGUGACAGUUCAAAUUUCAGUUCCGCAAUCGGUGGCACGAUAAUGGACCGUUUAUAUACAUUGAUUUUCUUUAUGACAUUUCAAUUGCAAUGGAAUUUGUUGGCAACACUAUCAGCCAAUUAUUGGAUAGGUAAUGUGAUUACCGCCUUUUCUGUGGCUUUCUUAUAUGCCUGCUAUUCGUUUGAAUACCGUUGGAGACAAGUUGCCGGUACCACAUUUGAAGGUUUUCUAGCACAAAUUGUCGAUAAUUGGACAUAUUUCCUUGGUUAUGGUUUACCUUUGGGAUGCACCUCUGUUGUCUUCCCACAUUUUAUUGGUUGGGGUGGUGUUAUUCUUGCGAUUGGCUAUCCAGUCCUAGUAAUUGGUGCACUUGGCAGUCGAUGGCGUCCGUUCGAUGUCAGUGUUAAUGUUAAGGAUGAGUGGAAGAUAUUACGUAUUUUACGCUUUUGCCUCAUUAUCUCUCUUCGACCAGCUCUAUGGGUGUCAAAUCUAGUUGUACAAACUGGUGCUUGGAUUGUUUACCAGUUUUGGUUUCGACAAAGUUAUCCAGCUGCUGGUGUCGGUAGCGACAAUCAGUUUUAA